GGAUCACUCGGAGGUGAAAAAAAAAAAAACAUUCGUGACGUCACAGAAAUAUUAAAUAAAGGGGAUUCUGUGUUUUUAGAUCAGUGCUGUGUAGUGUGUGAAACGGAACGCUUUAUAUUUAAACAUGAAACCACUGCUACGGACAGUGGUGGCGUUAAGCCUUCUACUGAGCAUUCACGCACUCCCCGAGAACAUCGAAGACGUCAAAGAACUGCCCCAAUCCAAAGAGCCAGUAGUAGAGGCUGAGGAAUCCGACACGCAAGCGCGCGUGGAACGAUGCACGACCUGCACUAACACGAUAAAAGUUAAAUCGCCUUCCAAAGAGAUCCUUGCAGCGCUUACCGCGUUGCCCGGCGCUCAAAUCCACACCCAGCAGUCUUUCCAAGGCUGCUCGACAGACAAGGGGUGUGCAGGCAUCAAAGUCAAAGAUGGUAACAUCAUCGAGCGGUACGGCAAUGUAAACGCCUUUAACGCGGCGGCAGCAGCUGACUUGAACAAGGAAUUCACCUUCCACACAGCUGAAGCUCUCAGUGAUCUUUUCAGUGCCAGUUUAGCCAGCGGUGGCACCCCACCUUUCUGGUGGAUGAACCAGGAUUCCCCCUUCAAGACCAGCGCCGGUGGAAACUUCGAAAAGUUCAGCAAAUCUGAAAGCGCCAGUUUCUCGAGCGGAGCCAAUGCAGCCAAUAUCGGAGCUGCAGCCUUAAAUCUGGCUGCUAAUCCAUUUUUAAACGGAGAGUUAUCUAAAGGACUGGGUGCCGCUAGUGUUGGAGCAGGCGCUGGUAUCAAACCUACAGCCUUCCAAUCAUCAUCAGCCUUUGAAUCAGCAUACACUUCCUCAAGCAAUGGAGAAGUAGAUUUAUCCAAAAACCCGUUCCUAAACGGUGGAUUUAAGGCUGGACAAGCCGUUGGAUUCCAAGGUGCAGCGAACUCACAAACCCUCGGUGCGGGCAGCGCGGCAAACACAGGCUUUGGUGCGAGUGGUUACAACGCUGGGUUUGGUGCUGGAGGCAAAGUAUCCACAGGAUACAUCGGCUCCUCUCCCAGCCCAUUCGCGACUACCUCUGGUUCAAAGAUCAACUUGAUCCAAAGCGAGAAAGCCAACGAAUUCGAUUUCGAACAACAGCAGCAGACUCAACAGAAUAUCGACGAGAUUUUCCAGAGUUCCAGCAAUGUGGGGUUAGACGUUGCUGGUGGGGACUUGCAGCAGGCCUGCGUGGGUCAGGGGUACGUGUGUGCUCUGAAGCCCCAGUGCGCCAACGGCAUCGUCAUCACAAGCUUUGCUGUCCUUCUUCAGGCUAAACCUAAGAAACAAUACUGCAACCUCCUAACCGAGGUGUGCUGCAAAAUUGAGGUAGCCGCCCUGGCUACCAACCUCGGAGUAGGAUCCGGGUUCGCCGCCCAAGGAGUCAACGCCUUUAACGCCCAGAAAGGAUCUUCCUAUGGAGCCCAAUCGAACUUUGCAAAGGGCACAACUCAAAGCGGUUUUGGUGCAGGAUUCGGUUCAACCCUCGGAGCUUCCGUCGGUAAAGGAACAACCUUCGGCACUGGAACAUCUACUCUGGGCUCUUCAGCAACAGGCCUUGCAGCUAAAGGCUACGGAUCGACUGCUGCCUUCGGAGGGAACCGAGGUAUUUCAACGGUCGCCCCAGUAACAAGAUUCGGCACAGGAAUCAAAUCAACGAGCCAAUCAAACUUCGUUGGCAUUGACUCCCUCUCCGCUGGCAGCGAAGCCUCUGGCAUUUUCAGACCUGGCGCGGUUGGCACAGUCCUCAAACCUGGCAUCCCCUACCUACCGCCCGUAGACAAUACUAACAGUGGAACUAACAUUGUAAGCUCUACCGUAUUGCCUACCCCUACCUUCGUGCCUACCCCUACCUUCGUACCUACCCCAAGACCUGUCGUAACCGCUAAGCCCACCUACCUUCCCCCUGUGACCUCUACCGCUGCCCCUGGGUAUCUACCCCCGAUUGGAGAGCAGACGAUUCAGAGAGAAACCAUAGUGCCUCCUUACUCCGAAGGAUCGUUGAUUUUGGACCAGAACAGACCCGGCCGCUUCAAGCCUACCACUGUACCAGUUCUUAUUCCAAGCGACGUCCCCUCUGGCUGCGCCGCCGCUCUCAAAUGCACACCCAUCGAGUACUGUACCGCGGAAGGAGUCAUCUCCAACACCACAGUCUACCUUACCAGGGACCAAGACGCUUACAGAGUGCCUCUUACUGACUGUAAAGACGUAGCGUCCGGUAUCAUAGGCAAGUGCUGCAGAGACCCCUACUACACAGACCCCUGGCCAGUCAACCAGCUCGGCCAAUGGGUGCCCGGCGUGUUCGGCGGCAACGACGGCAAAUACGUGCCAGACAGCAAAGUCAGCCCUAACAACGUCCGCCCCACUGUCACUGUCCGACCUCCCGUCACCGGAUCGGUUCUUCUUAACAACUUCAUCACACCCACGGUACCAGUCACCUACAGACCUGCCGUAACCCCAGUGACUCCAGUUACCCCCUUCCCCGCGAAGGGUCAGUUUGGACUCGGGGGUCAGGGGCAAUUCGGCGUCGGCGGUCAGGGUCAAUACGGCCAGGGGAACAGGGGCCAAGUCGGAAUUGUCGGAGGAGGUCAAAUCGGAUCAGGAUCUCAAGUGAACUCAGCCUUCGCCAAUGGGCAAAGGGGACAGGGAACUCUCGUGUCGCAGGGUAAAGGGCAAUACGGCCAGGUUGGAGUGGGGCAAAUUGGUGUUGUCGGAACAGGGCAAUACGGAGUUACUGGCCAGGGUCAAUACGGUGUCGGACAAAAAGGCGUUGGUGUGACCCAAGGAGCAGGAUUUGGCGUGACCACAGGUCAAGGCUUUGGUGUGACUCAGGGACAAGGCUUAGGUGUGACUCAAGGACAAGGCUUAGGUGUGACUCAAGGACAAGGGUUAGGAGUGAUCGCUGGACAGGGUCAAUAUGGAGCUCAAGGACAAGGCGUGUUAGUGUCCCAAGGUGAAGGGCAAUAUGUAUCCCAAGGCACUGGAACACUUGUGAGUCAAGGAGUCGGACAAGGAGUACGCCAAGGCCAAGGAGCUAUUGUGUCACAGGGUGUGGGAGGUCUAGUCAGUAAGGGUGAAGGAAGUCUAGUCGGUCAAGGCCAAGGAGCAUUCGUUUCCCAAGGUGUUGGCCAAGGUGUACGCCAAGGUCAAGGAGCAUAUGUCUCUCAAGGUGUUGGCCAAGGUGUACGCCAAGGUCAAGGGGCAUAUGUCUCUCAAGGAGUGGGACAGGGAGUUCGUCAAGGCGAAGGAGCUUACGUUUCACAAGGAGUUGGCCAAGGCGUCCGUCAAGGCGAAGGUGCUUACGUUUCACAAGGAGUUGGCACAGGCAUUCGCCAGGGGCAAGGUGCUUUUGUUUCACAAGGAGUUGGCACAGGCAUUCGCCAGGGGCAAGGUGCUUUCGUUUCCCAAGGAGCUGGAGAAGUUGUUAGCCAAGGCGCUGGACUAGGCGUAUCUCAAGGAUUCGGCCAAGGCGUAUCUCAAGGCUCAGGACUAGGUGUAUCACAAGGAUCAGGACUAGGCGUAUCACAAGGCUCAGGACUAGGUGUAUCACAAGGAUCAGGACUAGGCGUAUCACAAGGCUCAGGGCUAGGUGUAUCACAAGGAUCAGGACUUGGAGUAUCCCAAGGCUUUGGACAAGGCGUAUCACAAGGCUCAGGGCUAGGUGUAUCACAAGGAUCAGGACUUGGAGUAUCCCAAGGCUUUGGACAAGGUGUAUCACAAGGCUCAGGGCUAGGUGUAUCACAAGGAUCAGGACUUGGAGUAUCCCAAGGCUUUGGACAAGGCGUAUUACAAGGCUCAGGACUAGGCGUCUCUCAAGGCUCAGGGCUAGGAGUAUCCCAAGGUUUCGGACAAGGUGCCAUACAAGGACAGGGCGAGCUUGUUUCCCAAGGAUUUGGCACGGGAGUCCAAACAGGACAAGGCCAAUAUGAGACCCAAGGUCAAGGUGCACUAGUGUCCCAAGGCUUCGGACAAGGAAUUCGCCAAGGACAAGGCCAAUAUGUGAGCCAAGGUGGUGGAGUGAUCACAUCACAAGGAUUCGGUCAGGCCAUUCGUCAAGGAGUUGGGCAAAUUGUGACCCAAGGGCAAGGCCAGCUCGUGAGCCAGGGACAAGGUUACGGAGUUGAAAAUGACUAUGGAGAGUCUGUGAACAGAGUGUUCCUCACUCGGUACACCGGUGGAAGCGGAAAAUGUGGAGUUUUGAAUCCCCAAAGACCGGCCGGUAACCGCAACAACAUGGAAGUAGACUUCGCCGAGAUCCCCUGGCAAGCCAUGGUCCUGCUGCAGACGAACAAGAGUCUGCUGUGCGGUGGUGUGAUCACCAGGCCUGAUGUGGUCGUUACUUCUGCUGCUUGUGUUGAUGGCCUCGACGCCAAGAACGUGCUCAUCAAAGGAGGAGAAUGGAAGCUAGGAAUCGACGACGAACCUCUCCCCUUCCAGAUCGUCCAAGUCAAGACCAUCCUCCGUCACCCGCUGUACAAGUCCGGCAGCCUUCUCUACGACGCUGCUAUCCUGGUACUGACAGAGAACCUGCGAUUCGCGAAGAAUAUCUACCCCAUAUGUCUGCCAGAGGCUGAGGAUACGUAUGACGCGUUGUACGCUGGAGAAGGAACCUGUAUGGUUACUGGAUGGGGCAAACAAGUUCUUCAAGCCCAUCUCGAAGGCAGCAUCAUGCACAGCCUGAACGUGUCCCUCAUCAGACCUGACGACUGCCAAGCCAAGCUGACGUCCGACUACCCUCACCUGCUGGAGCAGUACGACCAGGACAGCUGCGUAUGCGGUGAACCUAGCAAUCCACAGGAGAACAUCUGCAGGGUGGACAUCGGCAGCGCUCUCGCCUGCAGCACUGGAAACGGACAAUAUGUACUGAGAGGAGUUUACUCUUGGGACUCAGGCUGUGCCCCCGGCAACCAGAUCGGCGCAUUCUACAAAUUCGACAUUGAAUGGUAUCGAUGGGCCAUCGGUCUCAUCGAGAGCGUACGAUUCGGUAAAUACAGUACCGUUACCAAAAUCACUACAACCAAAAUCACUGGUAUCAAGGGAGGUCAAGGUCAAGGAAUCGGUUUCAACAACCUAGGUGCAGGAUCUACUUCAGUAACCGGUAGAAUUACAUCAGGCUCACUUGGCGGUGCUAUUAAAGGCAUCCAAGCAGGAAAGAACCAAUUUGGUUUCGGCAGUCAGGGAUCUCAGGGAUCACAGGCAUUCUCAAGCGUCAAAGGCUUCGGGAAGGUCUCAUCUUCCAGCAGUGCUCAAAGCGGUAGCGGUUCCUUCAACUUUGGCGAACUCAAGCCCAUCACGAACGGUUUCAGCGCAACUUACUCAGAGAAGAAGUUAUUCCAGAGUGAACCGAAAUACGAAUACUUCACGACGAAACCCGAAAUAGUAACAUUCACAACCAAACCCGAGAUUGUAACCUUUACGACUAAACCGGAAUACUUCACGUACACGACCAAACCAAAAAUUGUAACUUACACGACGAAGCCAGAGAUCGUCACUUACACGACCAAACCAAAGUACGUCACUUAUACGACGAAGCCAGAAGUAUAUAGCUACACGACGAAACCAAAAAUCUAUAGCUACACGACGAAACCAGAAGUCUACAGCUACACGACGAAACCACAGAUUAUUAGGUACGAAACCUCCGGCAGUGGUACCAACCCACAAUACGUACCACCAGGUACAUCGCUGAACGAAUCUUUUUCAGACAUCGUUGGUUUACACACACAUAACGCGAAAUGUAAGUGCCUCGAAGGUAAAAAGUAACUGGUUAAAAGGAUUGGUCAUUAAAUUUUAGUGCCAUAACA